GCCUCCCCCUCCAAACCUCGCUGAGGAAGAGAGGCAGCUCAGCCACAACCUGUUUCUCUCUCGGCUCCGAGCCUGUGCCUGCUGCUCCGCAUCUUCCUCCGUUUUCUCCUAUCCCUUCUUCUCUUUUUCUUUCCUACCUUUCCUUUUGCUCCACUCCCCACUUCCUUGCCCUUCUACCCAAUUGCUCUCUUCAUCUGCCAUCCCUUCCUCUGCAUCUCUGAAUUUUUCCCUCCAUCCGUCCAUCCUUUCUGUUAUCCUCUUCUUUGCAAACUCUCUCUCUCUGCCAAGCAUUCAUUCAUCCUCUGUCAGUCCUCUUUUCCUGCCCUUCCUCGACCCACAUCCCCCGCUCCCCUCCUUUGGGUGGUGGGUCCCUCCCUUCUCCCCUCUUCCCCUGCCGUCUGUUUCUCCAGCACCCCUUCGCCUUUGUGGGUCAGGGCACUGGAGCUUCCCCCAGGGGGCAGCAUGGCGCUCCUGAGCUCCCCCACCGAGACCGAGUGCUUAACCAAGCCGCUUUUCUGCCGCAAGGGGGCGCUCCGCCAGAAGGUCAUCCACGAGGUGAAGAGCCACAAGUUUACCGCCCGCUUCUUCAAACAGCCCACCUUCUGCAGCCAUUGCACAGACUUCAUCUGGGGAAUUGGAAAGCAGGGACUUCAGUGCUUAGUAUGCAGCUUUGUUGUACAUAGAAGAUGCCAUGAAUUUGUCACUUUUGAGUGUCCAGGAGCUGGAAAAGGGCCCCAGACGGAUGAUCCCCGGAAUAAGCAUAAAUUCAAAACCCAUAGCUACAGCAGUCCCACUUUCUGUGAUCAUUGUGGCUCACUCCUGUACGGACUAGUUCACCAGGGGAUGAAAUGCACCUGCUGUGAGAUGAAUGUACACAAACGUUGUGUCCAUUGUGUUCCCAGUUUGUGUGGUGUUGACCAUACAGAACGCCGUGGACGCCUCCAACUUCAAAUUGAGACAUUUGGGAGUGAUGAGAUCCGGGUGACUGUUGGAGAAGCACUGAACUUGAUCCCGAUGGAUCCAAAUGGUCUCUCUGAUCCUUAUGUGAAACUCAAGCUGAUUCCUGACCCAAAGAAUCUCACAAAGCAAAAGACCAGAACCGUCAGGUCCACCCUUAAUCCUAUCUGGAAUGAAACCUUUGUUUUCACCCUGCAGCCAGGUGACAUGGACCGGCGCCUCUCCAUCGAGGUUUGGGACUGGGACCGGACAACCCGCAAUGACUUCAUGGGCGCCAUGUCCUUUGGAGUCUCUGAGCUGUUCAAGGGCCCUGUGGAAGGCUGGUACAAAUUGCUCAAUCAGGAGGAGGGCGAAUAUUAUAGUGUCCCUGUGGCGGAUGCAGAAAACUGUGGGCUGCUGCAGAAAUUUGAGGCUUGCAACUUCCCUCUGGAACUCUAUGAGAAAGUUCGCCAUGGUCCUAUCCCAUCUCCAUCUCCGAGCCCCACAGACUCUAAGCGUGGCGGAUUCUUUGGCAUCAACCGCUUCCAUAUCUCGGAUUUCAACUUUCUCAUGGUUCUGGGCAAAGGAAGUUUUGGCAAGGUGAUGCUGGCCGAACGACGGGGGACAGAUGAGCUCUAUGCCAUCAAGAUCCUAAAGAAAGAUGUGAUAAUCCAAGAUGAUGAUGUAGAAUGUACUAUGGUGGAAAAGCGGGUCUUGGCUAUGGGGGAACGUCCACAUUUCCUAACUCAGCUGCACUCUACCUUUCAAACGGCGGACCGGCUGUAUUUUGUUAUGGAGUAUGUCAAUGGAGGAGACCUAAUGUAUCACAUCCAGCAGGUUGGGAAAUUCAAGGAACCCCAUGCUAUGUUUUAUGCAGCUGAAAUUGCGAUUGGCCUGUUCUUUUUGCAUAACAAGGGAAUUAUUUACAGGGAUUUGAAACUGGACAACGUCAUGUUGGAUGCUGAUGGCCACAUUAAGAUCACAGAUUUUGGGAUGUGUAAAGAAAACAUUUUCCCUGGCAUCACCACCCGGACUUUUUGCGGAACACCUGACUAUAUUGCUCCAGAGAUUAUAGCCUACCAGCCCUAUGGGAAGUCGGUGGACUGGUGGUCAUUUGGUGUUCUUCUAUAUGAAAUGUUAGCCGGACAGCCACCAUUUGAUGGAGAGGAUGAGGAUGAGCUCUUUCAGUCGAUUAUGGAACACACAGUAUCCUAUCCUAAAUCUCUUUCACGAGAGGCUGUUUCCAUCUGCAAAGGAUUCUUGACCAAACAUCCCCUGAAGCGCCUGGGGUCGGGACCAGAAGGGGAACGGGAUAUUCGGGAGCAUGGAUUUUUCCGCUGGAUGGACUGGGAGAAAAUGGAACAGCUGGAAAUUGCUCCACCUUUCAUACCUAGGCCCUGUGGUCGGAGUGGCGAAAACUUUGACAAGUUCUUUACACGGGCACCACCAGCGCUGACACCCCCAGACCAGCUGGUUCUGGCAAGCCUCGAUCAGAGUGAAUUCCAAGGAUUUACCUACAUCAACCCUGACUUCGUGCAUCCAUCAACAUUGCGGCAGGGAAGCCUCUCACCAACCGCCAUGCCUCUUUCACCAACUGGCAUGCCUCUCUCCCCAGCAGGAAUAAUCCCUUCUCCUACCUCUUUAGUGUGAGAAUGAUCCGUAAUCACCCAACAUCCCCAUUUUAAACCUUGGCUGUUGGACUCUGUUCCUAAGAGCAGGAGUCCAAGUUGAAACCCAAUCCUAACUAUGAUCCCCAGAAAUAUUUUGUUAAUUGCAUUCUCUGGUGUGUUGUUUGCCUCCUUCCUUCCUUCCUUUCUUUCCUUAGGUGCAAUCAAACUGGUGAGGUUAAGAAUGAGAAAGCGCAUGCAUGCACACGCACGCGCGCGCGCGCACACACACACACACACACACACACACACACACACAGGGAGAAGGAGAUACAAGUACAAAUACUCAGACCAGAGUUCCCCAACCUUUCCGACUUUGCGGAUUGGUGGGGAGGGGAGGGGAUGGUUCUGUGUGAGUGGCGGGUACACACUCACCCACUGCUCGGACAAGUGGGAAUGCGCUGCACUCUCCUGCCACUUCCGCAGCCCGGUUCCAAAUGUCUCAAGGCCCAGUAGUAGACUGUGGCCCAGGGGUUGGGGUCCUCUGUCUCAGAUGCAUGUACACACAAACACACUAUAUAUAUAGAUAAGGGAUGUCAAACUCAAGGCCUGGGGGCCGGACCUGGCCCACAUAGUGUUUAGGUCUGGCUCAUGGGGCUGCCCUGGAAACAGCUCUGUUUUUGCUGGCAGAGGGUUGCAGAAGGCCAUUGCAGCCAAAAAUGAAGCGUGGAGCCCGUUUUCACUGGUAAAGCAUUUGGGUCACCCCCAACACGAGUGAUGUCGAGCUGGCCACCCCCCUGGCCACGCCUCCCUCCCAAGGUUAAACACAACCCUGAUGCGGCCCUCAGUGAAAUAGAGUUUGACACCUCUGAUACAGAUAGUUAGGUAAAUAAAUAUAAAUAUAAAGCUACAUCAAGGGAAAUAAAGUUUUAGAGCCUAGAUAAGAGAGAUAUUCCUCUUAUUACAGUCAACCUUUGGCGGGUCCUGAAAUUUGAUCAAGGUUAUUCUCUCACAUAUCAGACUAUCGAUGUGAGGAAUUUUGUAAAAAUCGUUUUUGUCUUGUAAUCUUUUCACUGAAUCUUUGCAGCUUUUCUGUGUCUUUUGUGAUGGUCCUUCAAAUGAUGUAAGUCGGGAAUUUGACUGAAAAUAGUGAAUGAAAGAGUAGAAGACUGGUUCCAAUAAGGUCCUCCUAAUUUCCCCAAGAUAGUUAGGGUACCGGAUGACUCAUCUAGUUAGAAAUGGGUAAACCAUGGAUUACCCAGCUAAUUUUAUUCCAUGCAUAUUUUGUGUAAAAAUAACUGGCCAAAGGGUAACAGCUGUAUUUUGUGAGAGGGUUAUUCUGAAAUUUAACUUGGGGUUAUCCAGACUAUAUUUUUGCUUUUAUUUCAGGACUAUAAAAUGGCUGCCAAGCUUUAGAAAAUAUCCUAUAAAUGCAGCAAAAUGAUAGCUGUAUAUAAAAUGUGAUUGUGCAAUGAAAACGGAGAUCUAAAUAUGAAGCGCACACUGAAUCACUUAACUCUACUUGAGAUUUGGGCUCCAGAAGGGGAAUGUGGCAUGGAUUUAUUAAAUUAGAGAGCUCCACAUUUAACAGAACCAUUAUAAACCUGGAUAUGAAAUGAAUGGAGAAAGAGCAAUCUCAGAAUGCUACAUUUAUAUAGAAAGUGUUGGUGGGGGAAAAUAACUUAUUCUUUAGUUGCUACUAUUGUGUGUAGAGGAAAUAUUUCUUCACAGGCUUAAAACACUGAGUCUCCUGUGCUUCUUCAGAUAUGUCAAAACUAGUUUUCAGAAGUCCCAAUUUUAGCACAUCUGCAGCAGGGGUGGGUUCUACUUACCUUUACUACCGGUUCGCAAUGGGAUCGCGCGGGCGAGCACAGAUCGCUGAUGGCGACAUCCGGGUGGUGGGCGGGGCCUCCCACUGGUUUUACUACCAGUUCUUGCGAACCGGUCCAAACCGGGGGCAACCCACCACUGAUCUGCAGAAUGCCAAGUUGGAAAACCCCAUCUCAAAGGAUAUCUAGUUUAAAUUAAGUGAUUCUGAGUUACUCUCUUGAAAUGCUUUUUAAAUUGGGAAGCUAUCAAGGAAGAAUGACUGCCUUCUCCCUCCAUUAAUUAGUGGUUCAAAUAAUUUCUGAUAUUCAUUUCAAUUAAUAUCCAUUUGCAAAUUGUAAUCUUCAGCUUCACCUCCAUGGUGCUUUUCCUAGUCGUAUCUGCUACAGUGGAAUAUUAUAAUACUUGAUGUAUUUGUCUUAAAACUUUGAUUCCUUGCACCUCACACAUUGUUAGUAGACUUUCCUUCCCAAAAAUCUUGUGAAAACCUCACCAGUCCUCCUCCUUCCUCCUAGACAUUGCACCAGUGUUUCCCAACCUUGGCAGGCUAGGUAAUUCUGGAAGUUGGUCCAUACAUCUUAAAAUUGCCAUAGUUGAGAAACACUGCAUCACAUAGUAUGUGGCACAGCCUCCUGGCCCUUAAUUUCCCAACAUUUAACACCUUCCUCUAACAUGGCUUCCCAUCACCAACUCAUCAGCUGUAAAUAAAACCUUGAAAGAACAA